AUGAGAAUUAUUUUAUUGCUUUUUUUAAUUGUUUUCGUUGUUGCUCAAAGUUCAUCAUCAUCAUCCUCUUCAGGAUGUCCAUGUGAUUCAUCAUAUUUAUGUGAACCACUUCAAAUUGCACCAAGACAAGAGUUUUUAGGUUUUUCAUUAAAUAGCACGCAAUAUCCAAAUUAUUAUUGGAAUCAAUUAACAACACUUGCGAUAUUUUAUGAAACAAUUGAAGAUGAAUUAUUAUGUAUUGCACAUGAAAAUGAUGUUAGAUUAGUAUGGGGUACAACAUUUCCAAUUGAAAAUCUUGGUAAUUCAAGUUAUAUUGAAGAAUGGAUUCAAGAACAAAUUGAAAAAGUUCAAAGUACAUUUACAGAUGGUUUAAAUUUUGAUGUUGAAAGUCCAAUUACAGAUCCAACCAUCGCUCAACAAUAUACAGAAUUAGUAUCAGCAACUAAUAAAGCAUUUAAAGCAAUUAAUCCAUUCUAUCAAAUUUCAAUCGAUGUAGCAUGGUCACCAUCAUGCAUUGAUAAACGUUGUUAUGAUUAUGCUGGUUUAGCUUCAAAUUCCGAUUUCCUUGUAGCAAUGGACUAUGAUGAGAGAAGUCAAGUUUUUGGUGAGAAGGUGUGUACUGCUGGUGCAAAUUCUUCACCCUCAAAUGCCUUGGCUGGUAUAAAUAAUUUUACUGAUUUAGGUAUUAGCACUGAUCAAUUGGUAAUGGGUUUACCAUGGUAUGGUUAUAUUUAUAAGAAUUGUUUAAAUGGUGAUGAAGCAGGUUUGGAAACUGUUGUUUGUCAAAUUGAAUCUGUACCAUUUAGAGGUGCAAAUUGUUCAGAUGCAGCUGGUUCAGAAUAUGAUUAUAGUUAUUUGGUUCAAUUAUUACAAGAUCAAACUAUAAACUCUUCUGCAGUUCAAUGGAAUACUGAAUGGCAAUCACCUUAUUUUAAUUAUAUUGACCCUAUAACUGGUAAUGUUGAUCAAGUUUGGUUUGAUAAUCCACAAUCAUUAUCAAUUAAAGUUCAAUUAGCUCAAAAAUUAAAUUUAAGAGGUGUUGCAGUUUGGAAUAUUGAUUUUUUAGAUUUUUCAGAUCAAUACAAUUCUCGUCCAAUGUGGGAUGCAUUAGCUUCUUUUUUCCCACAAUCAGCUUCAAGUGAACAAUCAUUAAAUUAA